CUAAUAAUGGGCGGAGUUGGCGACUUGGUUCGGUGUCACUGUCGACCCACCUGCAUGGCUCCUGGUGUGCCAUUUGCGGAACGCCUUGGAAUGCCGCUGCAGCUUUCACAUGGCACUUGCGCUAGGCUGGCCAGGGUGCGCAUCCUCUUGAGCUUGUCUGUAUCCAGGCAGAGAGCUGUAACCACAACAGGCCUACUAUAUCAGAGCCACAUCCCUCAAGGCUGGAGUAUGCAGAUCCUCAAACCCAACUCGAUUGUACAAAGUCCGUCUCCCGGACUCCCAUCUUUCCAUCUUCUCUCUCCAUCAUACCAACGCUGCAUCCCGCUCAAGACACAAACAUCAUGAACAGACGCUCAGACUAUUCAUGCUCAUGUUCCCCACCUUCCUCGCACAAGCACCAUGCCUCAUCACAUCCGACGAGCAGCGCAUUCAGCGCCAGCGCAAAUCCAGACGAGGAUUGGACCAAGAUCACAGAUCUUGCUGAACGUCGGCGAAUCCAGAACCGGAUUGCCCAAAGAAACUACAGGAAGAAGCUGAAGAAGCGUCUUGAAGAUCUGGAGCGCCGGGCUGCCUCGAGCUCGGCUUCCCCAUCGCCCGAAGUCAAAUACGUGGACCUCGAUCUCACCAACAUGUCUGGCUUCAAGGGAUCUCCACACAUCUCUCAUAUCCAAGAAAGUAAUAACGUCGAUGGCCGUGGUUAUACCUCAAACGGCUACGACUAUCCUUACUCGCAAGCGCCGGAUGACAAGAGGAUGUUCUCGUACCAACACACCCGCCAGCUCUCCACAUCUCCUCCGCCGUUGUUCAGCUAUCAAGCCUACCCGUCUAUCGAGCAGGGUCAAUUCGCCGCAUCUAUGUCCAAUUACAUGUCUUACCCUCUCGCCGCCACAUCAUCAUGCAUGGUACCCUCCUCAACGAUGGCUUACCAAACAAGUAUGCCGGUCACUAUCAAGCCAGAGGUGUACGAAGAAGACGACAUGAACCCGUUCAGCUUGAGCUAUGCUUCGAUGGCUGGUGUAGACGUGAGUAGCCAAUUCAGCUAUCAGACUCCCGCCAUCCACACCCCGGCACUGUCAGAUAGCUUCGAGCAUUCGAAAACCAGCUCACCAGCUUAUGAUUACAUCACUUUCCCACGCACGCCCCUCUCACUGCCCAUGACACCGUCUCUGCGGGUUCGAGAGGGUACCAGAUGAAGGCAUGAUUUGCCAUUUAUGAAAUUACGAUCAAAGAAUCUUUUAGUGCGACGCGAUGCUUAGGAGUUCAAGGAAACAUUACGACGGCGCAGAAUAACUGAACUUACAAGGGUAUACCACACUGUCGCUUGCUAGGGCCGAUGCUCUGAGGUGUUGGGACAGACGGAUCACGGCGCAUUCAAUCGGAACAAACUCACCUUUGUUUUCAUCGGACAUCUUUGAAAGAGUCCAAUUUGUUAUCUAUCUCCAUAAAUGUACAAUCCUUUUCUGUCUACCAUG